GGCCCCGCCCAUAGCGCACGCCGGCGCGGUGCGACCUCACUGACUCGGGCCAUGUCGCUGGCAGGUGCACCUGAGGUGAUCCGGGCAGCGCAGAAGGACGAUUACUACCUGGGAGGCCUGCGGAGCGCGGCGGGUGGCGCGCUGCACAGCCUAGCGGGUGCGAAGAAAUGGCUGGAGUGGAGGAAAGAGAUUGAGCUGCUCUCAGACAUCGCCUACUUUGGCCUCACCACAAUUGCAGGCUACCAGACACUUGGAGAGGAGUAUGUUGGGAUCAUCCAGGUGGACCCAUCCCAGCAGCGAGUGCCCUCCAGGCUCCGCCGUGGGGUGCUGGUUGUACUGCAUGCUGUCUUGCCCUACCUGUUGGACAAGGCGCUGCUGCCCCUGGAGCAGGAGCUGCAAACUGAUGGUGACAGUACACGGGCUUCACAGGGAAGUCUGCUGUCUGGAGGACGCAGCCGGUCAGGGGCAAGGCGCUGGGUGCGUCACCAUGCAGCCACCCUGACAGAACAGCAAAGGAGGACACUCCAGCGGGCAGUCUUUAUUCUUAGGCAGGGUCUUGCCUGCCUCCAUCGGUUCCAUGUUGCUUGGUUUUAUAUCUACGGUGCCUUCUAUCACCUGGCCAAGAGACUAGCAGGGAUCAGCUAUCUCCGGACUCGCCGCCUGCCUGGAGAGGACCUGAGGGCUCGUACAAGCUACCGACUGCUGGGACUCAUCUCCCUGCUGCAUCUGGCACUGUCCAUUGGGCUGCAGUUGUACAGCUUCAGGCAGAAGCAGCGAGCUAGGAAGGAGUGGAGGCUGCACCGCAACCUGUCCCACCGCAGGAGUUCCCUGGAAGACAGAGCUGUUUGCAGAACCCCAUUAUGCACCCUGUGCUUGGAGGAACGAAGACACUCCACAGCUACACCUUGUGGCCACCUCUUCUGCUGGGAGUGCAUCACUGAGUGGUGCAACACUAAGACCGAGUGUCCCCUGUGCAGGGAGAAGUUCCCGCCCCAGAAGCUGGUCUACCUGAGGCACUACCGCUGAAUGGGACUAGAUCAUCACCAAACGGCUCUAAGAAGUGGAUGGAAGUUCACAGCGUUUAUCCUCAGCACUGUGAUUGCACAGAAGUAUAAAAUCCUCACACACUGUUGUCAUGUAAACUACUACAGUUACCUGGGAAGAGAAAGGGUCAGGGGCAAAUGGGCAAUACUCCAUAUGGGGUAGGAGUUUGUUGCCCCUUAUCAUGGCUUCUUCUGAGUUUCUGGAGGUAAUGGGUUCCUCCUCCCUCCCCAAGCCACAUAGCUGAAAACUGCUUCAGAAGUUGGGGGGUUGGGGGCGUUAACUCAGGUCUGUGUAAGAGGCAGGGUGAGGGUUAGGGUAGAAGAGAAGCACUGCACUGUGGGCUCCACACCAACCAAGGUCAGCACUCCUAACACACUUGCCACAUGAAAUUAAUUAAUUCAUAUUGCCAACUCCUUAAGAAAAAUGAAGGUCUUCAUCUUGGCCUAAUGGGUAGGAACGGGGGCUCCCUGAGUUGCAGAUUCUUGUCAAUUAUAUGAAGUGAAGAUGAACACAUGCCACGGCACAUGCUCGGAGAUCAGAGAACGUGCAGGAGUUGGUUCUUUUUAUCGUGUUUUUCAGGGAAUAAGUUCAGGUUGGGCUGGGCAGCAGCAUCUUUACUUGUUGAACAUCUCACCUACCUGGCAGAGUUGGCUUGGAAAUAAACCAAUUUCCAUGUGUCUCAGAUGCCAGUCCUCUGAGGAAGUUAGGUGAGUCGUAUCUGCUUAGAGGCCUAGAUGAACAAGUGUGACCUGCUUACCCAAUGUCACUUCUGUGUCCAGCUCCCUCUUGGCUUGUCCCUAGCUUGUUUCUUGCCUCCAUUUGACAUUUCCAAGCUUUUAAAAUUAAUUAAUGUCAAAGACAACCUGGCACAUCUUUUAAGAGACUUAAUUCCACAGAGUAGGUACAUUAAGAACAGAAGAUCUAGCUGGGCCUGGUGGUGCACACCUUUAACCCCAGCACUCGGGAGGCAGAGGCAGGCGGAUCUGCCAGCCUGGUCUACAGAGCUAGUUCCAGGACAGUCAGGGCUACACAGAGAAACCCUGUCUCGAAAAGACAAAAACACAAACAAAAAAAAACCCAGAAGAUCUAGAAAGACUUCAUAAAACAGUGUGACGGUGUCCUGAUAGAACCUUUGGUCUAAAGCCCAGCCACCAGCAGUGGUGUUUGAUGUCACAAUGUUCCUUGUGAAGUCCCCUUACCAAGAGCAGGAACCAUCCCUCUAGGUGGAGCAGGGGACCAAGACUGACAUAAGGUAACUUCAGGGACCCUGUGGGACCCUGGAACACAACUCUACAGUUGUCCGCAGUACCCCGUUUGUAACUCAUUGCUCUGGCCAGGGACACCCAACUUUCUUUCCAUCGUACCUUGAGCCUAGUCAGUGAUGAGGAAAACAACGUGGAAAAUAUAAACAAAAAUGUCCAGAUUCGAACCCCAAGUGCUCACAUGGUAAAAAAAAAAACAAAAAAAAAAACCCUUAGAACAUUGUUGGAAAAUGAUGGGUUGAAUGUACAAAAUAUGGCUCUAAAAGGAGCAUCAUAGUGUCAGUAAAAGAAAACCCAGAUGGCUGACUUACUCAGUAUCUAACCCUGUAGGAUGGAUGAGAAACACCACUGAGUAGGGUCCUGAAUGGGUCACAGCCUGGAGAAAAAGCCCGCUUGCACUUGACAGCCUCUACCCCUCCUACACCUGAGGUGUUUGCUCUCCUGGUUCCACCUGGUGUAAUGGUUCCCCUCCUACAGCUGUCAACAGCAAGCUGGGCUUCAGCGGAAUGACUGUGGUGUAGACGAAGACUAUACAAGCAAGGGACACUUUCUUUAAUAAAGUUGGAAUUUAAAAGUCA